AUGGACCAGAACCCCGUGGUGGUGCAGCCGGGGCCACUCCGGGGCAGUCAUGCUGCUGCAGCCAAGCCGCUGGUGCUCAUCCACGAUGGCGGCGGCACCGUCUUUGGCUACUUCAGCCUGGGCAACCUCAAGCGUAAGGUCUGGGGCGUCAGCAACCCGCACUACUCGACGGCGGAGCCCUGGGCGGGCGGCAUGGACGAGAUGGCCGACCAUUACAUUGCGCUGAUUGAGAAGGCGGGCAUCAGGGGCCCAGUGCUGCUUGGAGGUUGGUCCCUGGGCGGCUACCUUGCCCUGCUCAUCGCCCACAAGCUCAAGGACAGGGUCUCAAGCCCCUUUAGCGUCAGCGGGCUCGUGCUGGUCGACUCGCCGUUCCACCUGCCCGCCAGCCAGCUCACCCCCUGCGACGCGGCGCCGAAGCUGGACCACCUUCCCGAACUGGUCCGCAAGUCGUUCAACAUUGCUGACGGCAUGCUGCAGACGUGGGAGCUGCCCGAGUUUGACGAUCCAGCAUGUGGCUCCCAGCCCGUGCGCUUCUCCGUCGGCAGCGGCCGCAGCUUCACUGUCCAGCCCGGCACGGCCAUGCACAAGACGCUCGACGGCAAGUGGCACGUCGUCGAGGCAAAGUCGUUCACAGCCGCUCAGCGGGCAGAGGCACAGGCUCCUCCUUCGCCGCCAGACUCGGACAGCGGACGGUUCUCGCCUGCCGCCGCGCUGGCCCGCGACAGCUCUGGCCUGCCCCCAGCCCUGCUGAUCCGCUGUGUCCUGCCCACCGCUACAGAGGGUGACGCGCCAGAGGGCGCGUCGCAGGUGGAUCUGUACCGCGCAGACCCUUACCUCGGCUGGGGCGAUCACUACCACGACUUUAUCAAGGUCAUUGUUGACACCGAGGAGAGCCAUUUCAACGUCUUUCAGUUUUCCCAUGUGAGUGGAUUUCCUUUUCUUCUCUUCUUCCCGUUCUGCAUUUCCAGGCUGUGGCACUAGCCGCCUCCCGCUUGGCUGCCACUGGUGCAGAAGAGACUUUGGGACUGACAGCUUUUGUAUUCUCCCAGGUCAACCAAGUAACGCGCGAGCUGAAUGAGUGCCUUGCGGCUCUGGACAGUCUCAAAAUCAUGAAAUAAUGAAAUAAUGAGCCAUAGACAUUUAGAUACGUCUCCUAGAAUUGCAUUGUGCAUCACCCACUGCCUGGAGUCUUUGUGCAGCAUGUGCCAAUGAUUGACGGGACUAGUCACUGGUCCUCAGUCUGUUUCUGGUCUGUUCGAAUGUUGUGUGGUAGAUAUCGUGGUUCUUGUUCUGUG